AUGACAACGGUGGUAGCAUCCAAGGAUUCCAUGGCUACUGUGGCAGACAAGGCACCGGUAACUGCUCAGAGAAAAGUCCCAGAGGACUUGGACACCAAGCUCCCCAAACCAUAUUUGCCACGAGCUUUGACGGCCCCUGACACAGAGAAUGUGAAUGGUACAUGGGGCCACAAACACAACGACAUGUCAGUACUUCAGCAGCAUGUGUCCUUCUUCGACCUCAACAAUGAUGGUGUUGUUUACCCAUGGGAGACAUACAAGGGAUUUCGUGCACUGGGUUUCAACGUGAUUCUUUCCUUCAUAUUUUCGAUUGGUAUUCAUGUAGCUCUCAGUUAUCCUACUCUUCCUACAUGGCUACCUUCACCUUUUUUCCCAAUUCAUAUAAAAAACAUACACAAGGCCAAGCAUGGAAGUGACAGUGGUAGCUAUGACACAGAGGGAAGGUUCAUGCCAUCAAAUUUGGAAUUCAUGUUCAGCAAGUACGGUCGAGAGGUGCCUGAUAAAUUGUCAUUGAGGGAGCUGUGGCACAUGACUGAAGCAAACAGAGUUGCAUAUGACUUCUUUGGCUGGGCUGCAAGCAAAUUUGAGUGGGGAGUGUUGCAUAUCCUUGCAAGAGAUGAACAAGGUUAUCUGACAAAAGAAGCUGUGAGGCGUUGCUUUGAUGGGAGCUUGUUUGAGUAUUGUGCUAAAACACGCAAAGGUGCUGCUGGAAAGAUGGUUUGA